CUGAAGGGCUGCACUCCAAGCUGCUAGCUCUUGACACUAGGUUCCUAGCCCGGAAUCAUGCGCUGCUGCUGCUGCUGCCGCCGCCGCCGCCGCCUCCUCCACCGCCAGCAACCACCCCGUGCGCUGGGGCUGUUGCUGCUGCUGCUAUUACCACCACUUGUCCUUGUAUCUCCCUUGGCAGCAGCAGCUGAGGGCCCAGGCCACUGUGACACCAUAUACCAGGGCUUCGCUGAGUGUCUCAUCCGCUUAGGGGACAGCAUGGGCCAUGGAGGCGAGCUGGAGACUGUCUGCAGGUCUUGGAAUGAUUUUCACACCUGUGCCUCGCGAGUCCUGUUGGGCUGCCCGGAGGAGGCAGCUGCCGUGUGGGAGUCUCUACAGCAAGAAGCUCGCCGGGCCCCUCACCGGGAUAACUUGCACACACUAUGUGGUGCCCCUGUGCACGUCCGGGAGCAUGGUGCAGGCCCUGAGACCAACCAGGAGACACUGCGGGCGAUAGCACCUGCCCCCACCCUGGCCCUCACGCCCCCGCUGCUAGUGGCCACUGUUCUGGUGCUCGCUUGCCUCCUGGGGCCUCUGGCCUAGCCAUUGGGGUCGGAUAGCAGCGCCCUUGCUGCCACCCCUGCUCUGGUGGCUGCCCUCAAGGCUCUGCAGAGUGCACUCAGCUUUCAUUAAAGGUAUUUAUAUUUGUA